GCGGGACGAUCGUCCGCCUGCAACUAACAGUCACCGCUUGACGCUCGUAAGAGCACACCGCCCCCACAGGGCACAAAUAAACGCGUACAACCCCCGUGCGAAUAAGUGUUUAUACGAUCACAUGUUGAGUUGGCAGCCCUGAAAUCGGAUCUUAAUUUUUACAGAAGCACAAUUCAGCAAAAUGGGUAGUAGCGAGGGUCAACAAACCUUCUGCCUAAAAUGGAAUCAUCACAAGACAAAUCUAGUAGAGAUUUUAGAAGCCUUAAUCAAAGUCGAGACAUACGUCGACUGCACCCUGGUUGUAGACGAUCAGGUCACAUUCAAAGCUCACAGAGUGGUACUAGCCGCCAAUUCGCCUUAUUUCCAAUCAAUAUUGGCCGAUGUACCCAUGGAUCAUUGCAGCAUACUAUUCCCAGGCGUUAAAGAUUUCGAGAUGCGCGCUCUCCUCGAAUAUAUGUACACAGGCGAAGUAAAUGUGACACAAGCUCAUAUUCCCCGCAUCAUGAAAGUCGCCGAACAACUGGAGGUAAAGGGCCUAUUCGAUAUGACGGAGUUGAGACGCCGGCCGGGCAGCAGCGAGCGAACACCGGCUGCAUCGCCCCCGCGUGUUGUACCAGCCGCGCCAUCUAGCGUGUCACCGCCCGUACCUAUCAACCGCUGGCCGCCCCCCGCGCCCCUGCUCUCCGCAGCCUACGAUUCCGCUGAUAUGAACCCUUUGAAACGCAAAAAGUUGUCUAGCAUGCUAGCCACUCGUGAUACACCAAUCCUAAGAAACGUUCUCGCUCAAAAUACCUCCGUGGACUCAUCACAACCUAUCUCUUUAGUAUGCCACCCUGUUGUUAAGCAAGAACCUCCUCGCUGGCACUCCAAUGGCUCAGCGAAUGAAUCAGAGCGACCCCCGAGUCCCCAGCGUCCAUUCGAACACCGCCCACGAAGAUUAUCAUCACCCCACUAUAACCGCUCAUAUCAUUCUGAAGAUGCCCAUUCACCCUACACUGAGCGUUCAUUUGAAGAGGAAAACACUCGCUCAUUCCAUCCCUCAUCUCCACCUACAAGCAUGCAACCAGAUGUAAGAGCCGGCUUAGCACCGUACGUUCCACCUCAACAAAAGCCGGAAUGGAAACGAUACAAGCAAUACACAAGAUCGGAUAUUAUGUCCGCGAUUGAAUGUGUGAGAAAUGGUAUGAGUGCGCUCCAAGCUUCCCGUAAAUACGGCGUGCCGUCACGCACCCUUUACGAUAAAGUGAAAAAACUAGGAAUCACUACAAGUCGACCAAUGAGUCGGGGCAUAAAGAGGGAGUCUAACGGCGCCGCUUUCCCUUACGGCUUGAGCGGAACGGGAGGUAAUGAUGAGCACACACCCUCUAAUCCAUUGAUUGACCCGUCAUUUCUACAACAAGCUUUAGAAGGGGCGACGAGGGACGGGGGUAGAGAAGCCUUACACGCAAUGGCGUUGGCCGCAGCCGCCCACGCCGCUCUGACACCUCGCACGCCACCGCGCUCAAGACCACAGUCCCCACGAUCCCCGGCUCACGAUGAUGACCACGUUGAAGAUCUUUCUGUAGCACGACGUCGCGACCCCGAUCCUCCGUCUGGUGUGAUUGUGCCACCCCGUAACUUCGCCCUCGACUGCAGUGAACGGGAUUAAGCGGCACGCAAUGUAAAUGACUUGACAAGACUGAUAUAGGCGUACAAAGUUAGAUAAGGCCCUUAUUAGACUUAACUGGUAGGCCGCGUCGUGCGCGCGAAAGCCACGUAGACCGAGCGCUUCGGCCGGGCGAUUGCAAUGGGCCCCGUGGCCACAUACUUAUCUUCUACCUCUUUUCCUUUCUAUUUAUUUUCCAGCGCCAUGCUGCCCUAUAACGAAAUCAAAUUUCCGUUGAUGGCUUGGGAUGGCGGUGUCUUGUGAUUUUAUUUUUGUUUUCUUCUUUUUUUUUUGUUUUUAACAUUUGUCUCUGUUAAUAGAAUAAUCGAUAAGUUAGUUAUAUGUGUAAUGUUAAGUGAAGUGUAGAGCGGCAACCGUUAAAGGUAGACUAGGACGCGCCGGCGCCGGUAGGCACCUCUGGAAGGUCCACCUAGACGAGUUAUUGUGCAAUUUGUUGUCCGCGACUGUGAUGUUUAUAGACUGAAAUACCGCCAUUACCUCACGCUCGCUAUAGUUUUGACUCUAGUCUGCACAGCACGUUGCAAAUCCCGGUUUCAUAAACCAUAGAUAUCAAAUAUUAUCUGAUGACGCCCAUCAUCUGAUUAGCGAUGCAACUGUUUUAAUACAUUUUCAUUACAAUUGUUCAUAGUUUUAAAAUGAAAAUAUUUAUUACAUAUUUCUCUUAGAUAUAAUAGCUAAAAUGCUCAAUGUAAUUUAAAUAAUAUAAUUCGAUAAAACAUCACUUUUAAUUGUCAACUGUCAUUCAUGAUUUAUGUUAACUGUCACUAUUGUUAAGUUAAUUUUUUGAAGACUGAUUUGUUACUUUAGUCUAGUUCAAAUGCCAUAGAUACGAUAUAUGUAAUGCAAGUUGUUUUAAUUAUUAAGGGUGAACACGUUUUAGAGUGAGACACAAAUAUCACUACUGUGCCUUUUUGUUAAUUUUUGGACAUUCCAAGUAGGUUCACGUUUGCGCUGUUAUUAAACACGAUUAAGGCACUUUUAGAUGUAAUUUUAACGGGAUAAUAAAUAGUUUAUCUUGUCGAAUUCCUAAUCAAUAUAUACCUCAUAAUUUAAGCUUUUAUCAGAUUUGUGAUUGUAUAAAUUUUGUGCCUAUUAAUAUGUUAUAAUUUUAGUUAAAUCGAGUCUUAAGUAAUUUU